AUGGAUAACAUAACAAAUCCAUCUUUACAAGCCAUCCCCGUCUCUCUACGCAACCUUCAGUCCGCCGCUUUUCCACAUCCUCAUCCACUUACUCCACAACUCGGUCCGGAUUACGACCCCACAGCUUUCCAACCAUAUGGAAUAAAUGAUGGUGCUAACGGCCAAGUCCAAGCAUUUCCGCAACCAAGACAGAGCUUCCAGACACCCACCAGAUAUCCGAAUGGAUCAUUCAGUGUCAUCACUCCAGAUCAGCCGCAGCAGCCAGCUGUUUCAUUUCCUGUCAAUCAAGAUGUCUCGCCAGCAAAAGAGAUUGGAGGUCACUUCAGUGGGAUGAAAGCAAUUCCAAAUCCACCUGACCUACAAGAAUGGCGACAUAAGCUUUUCAAUAUCAAAGAAAUGAUCACACUGACUGAGGAUGAAUUUCAAACCUAUUUUCCGCACGUAGACAACAUCUAUUCGCAUCGAUCCACGCAACGAUAUAAACGCAAACCCUUCGUGUCCCAUUACUGGGACUGUCGACUGAAGGGCAGACCACCGGGCACACCCAAGACAGACGAUCCAGGCAAGAAGAAGCGCAGAAGAACGGCAAGACAGCGAGAUCUGUGCGAUGUCAAGAUCAAAAUCACCGAAUACUUUCCUGGUGCGGCAGCCAUGAUGGCACAACCCGACUUUGGUGCCGGAGUUGACGCUGCUGUGGAUCUCAUGGGAGAUGGCCGUGAGCCGCCUCAGCCUUUUGGAGUGUUGGCACCGAGUCAGACUCUGCCUGCUGGACAUCCUGGAGCAGGGGGGGCCAGAUAUUACACCAUCCAGCGAGUGAGCGGUGGUGGUGCGAAUGGGAAGGAAAACGAAGCUGGAGAGCAUAAGCACACAAUAGAGGAAAGUGAUGCUAUCAAACGGAACAGUGUGAGGAGGAAGAUGCUUAAAGAGGAAACGGAGAGGAAGAGGAUAGAUGCAGCCAACAAAACCACCACUACCUCCUCCUCCACAUCCACCAAACUCACAACCACCAACACCAAGACCGACACCACCACCGCCGCCGCCACAGCAGCAACCACAAACCCGCAGUCCUUACCCUCCAGCCUCGCCGCCCAAACCGCCCAGCGCCACUCGCAACCCGCUGACCUGAUCUUCUACGGCAACCUCUUCUGUCCUUUCGCCCAACGCAUCUGGAUCGCGCUCGAGGUCAAGGAGAUCCCGUACCAAUACGUUGAGGUCGAGAACAAGCUAUCGUUGCCACCGGAGGCAGUGGAGGUGAAUCCUCAGAAGAGGCUGCCGUGUAUCAGGCAUGGGAAUUGGGGGGUGUGGGACAGUGGGAUUAUGAUGGAAUAUUGCGAGGACCUCAGUAUGGGUCAUUCCCUCCUUCCGCUUGGCGAUCCGCAGUUGAGGGCUCAUUGUCGGAUGUGGGCUGACCAUAUCAACCGCAAAAUCAUCCCACCCUUCGACCUCCUCCUCAUCACGCCAUCCACCGACCCCAGCAAGCAAUCCUCUCUAACAUCCACCCUCCAGUCCGCCAUCACCGACCUCGUCAACGCCUCCCACGUCACAGGCCCCUUCUUCCUCGGCGCCACCAUCUCCUUCAUCGAUGUUAUGUUCGCACCCUGGAUUGUCCGCCUCUCGAGGGUGCUGAAGUAUUAUCGGCGGUGGCCGGAUCCGGAGGUCGGGACCAGGUGGGAGACGUGGGUGCAGGCUGUGGAGGGCGAUGACAGGGUACGCAGGACUGUGAGUGAGGAGGGAGAGUAUCAGAGGGUUUAUAAAAGGAGGGCGAGCCAGGGAGUGAUGACGAUGCCGGGUGGAGUAGGGUGGGCGCUUGCAGAUGGGAUGGUGCCUGAUAGCGGUGCGGAUGUUGACGGUGUGAUGGGUACCUGA